AUGCGUUCAUCCAGAAAGUUAUUUGAUCCUCUCCUUUCUUUCCGGAAAUCCUCAUUGGCAAAUUCAACAGUGUUUGAACGUGUUACAAAACAAGCUCAAUUCCAUACAUGUCUCAAUGUCAUGAAUUUUGAAAGAGACAAGUCCAAGCAAAGAGAAGCACUGACUGGAACCCUUUCGUCAGAGAAUAUCUCUUCUACGACUUGCCCAUUUCAUUCCGUGGAAAGGAACCAUCCAAUGACCAUCACCUCUCAUGAAAGCACCUCAUCUCAACCACAUGUUUUGAAAACCCAAAAGACCUAUGAAGAAAUUCCAGGCCCUAACGAAUUACCAUUUUUCGGUUCAUGGUUUUCCUUCUUGAAACAUGCUAAAAACACAAGUCCAUUCUUUUUAGAGUUGUGUGAAAAGUAUGGAGAUAUGGUUCGAGUGACUGCCUUGGGACAUAAAAUGUUGAUCUUGGCUAAUCCACACAUGAUUGGAGAUUUAUUCAAAGUAGAAGAUAAAAGAUCACCUUUAAAUAGUGUUCGCUUUUACAAGGAUCAGAGAGGAAUGGAAUUGUCUUCGGUUGAAAUGAAAUACGAUGAAGAUUGGAAUUCAGUUCGUCAACUCUAUAACAUUGCCAUGAAACCUGAAUUUGUUGAGAAAGUUUCAGUACCUCAAUUAACUGAAUUGAAUGGAGAGUUUUUGAGAAGAAUGAUCAAGUAUUUACACAAGACUCAAGAUGGAAACAUAGACACCUAUCGAUUGUUGAAUGGUGUCGAUGCUAUUUCAAGAUAUGGAUUUGAUGCUGUUUUGAAAGUGUUUCUUGGAGUGACAAUGACCGAUGACCUGGUUCAAUCGUUCCCUUUCAAUGUUGCAGAUUUUGUGAACUAUUCAGUGAGAGGACUUGAUCUAGCAGUUCGAUUAGACUCUAAACCUGCCAUUUACAAGUAUUUUAAAACCGCUGAAUUCAAAGAAUUAGAAAUGGUCUUUGAUCGUUCGUUCGAAUACGCAAGAUAUUGUAUGGCACGAUUCAAAGACAAUCCAAGUGGAAAGCCACGUUUUGUAGAGCUUUUACAAGAACGUGCCAAAGACCUUCCAAAUGCUCAAGCAAAAGUUGAAAGUGUCAUGAUUGCCUUUUUACAAGCUGCUGUGGACAUUACGAUGAGAAUCAUGACCCAUGUCAUGUAUCGAAUGGCCCAUCACACAGAGUAUCAAGAAAAGCUGUAUGAAGAAUGUGUACAGAUCUUUGGAGAACCAACCAUGGAUGAAAUCACUUCUGAGCAUGGUUUAGAAAUUACAGCUGAACAAUACAAGAAAUUGAAACAUGUGAAACAUUUUCUUGAAGAAACUUUACGAUUGAAUUCUUUUGCUUACAUGACACAAGGUAGAAUAUUGAAUCAAGAUCGAGAAAUUGGAGGUUAUUUAAUUCCAAAAGAUACACAAAUAUUGAUCAUGCAAAGAUAUGCUACUUUGAGAGAUGAAUUUUGUCCAAGAGGAACCGAGUUUAUUCCUGAACGACAUGAGAAGGGAUCUCCAUUGGCCAUGAAGAGUAAUUAUGUUUCAGUUCCAUUCGGAGUUGGUGCCAGAAAAUGUCCUGGUUCUCGAAUUGCAACCACUGAAUUACACUUUGGAAUUAUUAAUUUGGUUCGUCACUUUAAACUCUCUCAUGAAAACCCUCAAGUAUUUCCAGAAUCAUCGUUUGAUCAAGCCUUACUAUAUAUUGAUCUCAACAAACAUCCUCUUUACUUGACACCUCGAGAUCAUGUCAAGGAAUAUAUGAAAUCAGUCAAGAUGAACAACAACUAUUGA